AUGUCUCAACCGAUCUAUGAAACACUUAUUUCACAACUUCUAGAGAAUCCUUUAAACUGGUUUUUAUCGAGUUUCCUCGUCUAUGUUGUUUAUUCAUACUUGACACCGCCUCAACAUCAAUUACCAAUUUCGAGGCAUCCAGACACCACUGUUUUCAGAGAGUAUACUCCAAUUGAGUUAAGAGAGUUUGAUGGCAGAACUGAUAGAACAAAAAUUUACAUGGGUGUAUGUGGUAAAGUUUACGAUGUAACAAAGGGAAGAAAUUUUUAUGGUCCUGAUGCAUCUCGCGGGCUUGCAAAAAAUUCCUUCGAUAUGGAUGUGCUUACUCCUAUCGAUCAACCCUUGGAUACCCUCGAAGAUUUGACCAAAGACGAAAUUGAAAGUCUUAACGAGUGGCAUGCUCAUUUCGCGAAUAAAUAUGAAUGCAUCGGAAGACUUAUUAACAACUCGGAUAAUUGA